UCAUUUUUCAGACAAAAAAAUAAUAACAGAAUAUAAAAUACGUAUAAAUAUUAUAAAAUAUGUUUUUAAGAUCUAGUUGUUUUUUUAAUAAAUCUAUGUGGUUGUCCAUAAUUCCGUCAAUAUCUCCCUCAAAAAAGUAAAAUCACGACCACGGUUUAAUAUCUUUAAUCGUGAUCACGACGCUGACAUUGAUUAGUUAGAAUAUUAAAACGAUAUGUGUGGUUCGUUAUUUUAUAAUUCUAUGUUUCGGCGUGGAUAUCGGCUGUCCGCAGUCUGCCAGUCAUCAGGUCUUUCAGCUCGCGCAGUUAAGUCCGAGAACUGGCAUACUCAAUUGCACCAGGACCAGAAUUUUCGUCGAUUUUUUGCGUCACGUCAGUGGUCCAAUAACACAAAGCAGCAGCUAGAUAAGGUGUCAGAUAACCGGAGUUUCGGUGGACAGCAAAAGGUCUACGAACAUGGCAGUGCUGUGUUAAAUUGCCGUAUGAGAUUUUCUGUGUACGUACCAGACAAUUUGAAAAAACCAGCGCCAAUUUUAUACCAUUUGAGUGGUAUGUUAUGUUCUGAACAAAGUUUUAUACAAAAGACAGGGUUUCAACGAUGGGCAUCACAUUAUGGAAUAAUUGUAGUAUCACCAGACAUUUGCCCAAGAGUUACUUUUGGUGUUGAAAAGAAUGAAAUUCAAGCUAAAGGCUUGUCAUAUUAUGUAAACGCUGUUAAAAGACCAUGGAAUAGAAAUUACCAAAUGUAUUCAUAUGUGAAUGAAGAGCUACCUAGUAUUAUUCAGGAGAAUUUUAAUGUCAACAAAGACAAGCAAUCAAUCAUGGGUCAUAGUAUGGGAGGUCAUGGUGCAUUAAUAAGUGCAUUAAAAAAUCCUGGCAAGUAUCGUUCAGUAUCAGCUUUUGCUCCAGUUUGUAAUCCAUCUCAGUCACCUGAUGAACGAUACAUAUUAAAGUGUUAUUUUGGAGAUGAUUCAAAAACAAUGGAGGAAUGGGAUGCUACUUGUUUAAUAACUAAUUAUAAAGGGCCAGAGUUAAAUAUCCUCAUACAUCAAGGGAAAAAUGAUCAAUAUGAAGAAGAUUUAAGAUUGGAAAAUUUUGCAAGAGCUUGUAAAAAGGCAGAGAUUACAGUUUCAAUAAAUUUGGAAGAAGGAUAUGACCAUGGUUUUUAUUUCAUUUCAAGUUUUAUGGAACAACAUUUUCAUCAUCAUUCUAAGUUUUUAUGUGACUCUUUGUAAUUUAUUGUAUUUUAAGUAUUAUUAUGCUCAUAUAAUGAGUGGUGUCAUUGACGUCAUUAUGGGAAGGGGGAGGGGGAUUUGGGUGUUUUUUCAAAGACUGGCUAACUACAUUUAUUUACUGAUUUAACAAUAAAUAUUAUUGUAUAAUAAAAUUUAAAAUUCGUAAUUAUUUGUUUCUGUGUGAUCAUGUUACAUGCAUACAUUUAUUGCAUUGAAAAGAGAUGCUGAUAAUAAAUACAUUUUUUUUGGAGGGGGGUUAUAGGUAAAAUGUGAAAUCAUCUCACCCCUUCCCUCCCAAAAAACAACAAAAUUAAGCCACUGAGUUGUGUGUUAAGGCAUACUUACGACUUACUUAAAAACUUUACCAAAACUUUAUUUUAAUUUACUUAAUUCGAAAAUACCUGGUCAAGUGGAUUAUAAUGAAUAAUAAUUGUGGAAAUAGUAGCAUUAUUAAAUUUGAAUGCAAUAAUAAAUUAUUAUUAAAUUUUUUUUUUUUUUUAAAUAACAUUUAUUUGAAUAUUUACAAUUUAUACUAUAAUAUGUACAAUAAGUAAAUGUGAGAGGGAAUGAUAGUGAAUAGGCGGAGAAAAGUGUAGCUCACAGUAGUGCUACUCUUUACAUGAAUGUUAGUUUAGUAAUUAUAAAUAAUUUAGAAGGUCUCUGGACCAUUUCCGGUUUAGGCGUCUGGUUGGGUUAAUUAUUACAUUUAAAAAAAAUAGACCAAUAAAUUGUUUAUAAAUUGUAUUAUUCACAUAGAUAAUAAAAUUAUGCAUUUUUUUGACAUUGUGAAGGUAAAAUACAAUGACCUAAUAAUGCAGAUAUCACUGGCUGGCUUUUAUCUGUGCCUAAUUUAUUUGAAAGCCAUCCUAAAGCAACACUGAAAAAAAAAUUGUUUUGUAUUAUAUUUCAAUAGAUACUACAAAUACCAAUGAAUCUUAUAUUUUAAUACAUAUAUGAUAAUAAAAUUUAAUCAUCAUAUUCUCAUUAAAUUCUAACAAGGGCCUACCAGGAAAAUCUUGAUUCAUCAUCAGCCACUUUCUAUAUACAAUCAGAUUUUUAGACCUUUGUUAUAACACAUAUUUAAUGUACUUAUGUAAUUAUUGUGUUAAAUAUAAAGAAGAUGAAAAAUAAUUUUUAAACCUAUUCUUGACAUUGUUAGAAACAACGAUUAAGUUAAUGAAAAGUUACACAAACCUUUAUAUUUAAUUCUUAAGUUGUCAAUGAUUUUUUUUACUACUAGAAAAUUUUCUUUUUUAAAUUUAAUUAUCAGUCAUAAUUUUAUUAUUGUAUUCUACUUUAUAUUUAAACUUACUUCCAAACGGGCAAUAAUUUUGAACUGAAGUUUGUACCGGUUUUUACUAGUUUUUUUGACCUUCUGCACAAUGCUUUGACUUCUUUGCAAUUCACAAAGGUCCCGUCUACGUUUGCCAUCAUAUUGUCAAUUGUCGAUACUAUGGUCCAUGACAACUCGUUUAUUUCCCCAUACACGGAGUUGUCAUGUCUUUUAACUCUAGACACUGUGGCACCGUGUAAUGGUGAUGAGUUUAUCGUUAGUGUUGCUCCUGAUUGUGCCUGAAAUAACCAGGAGAAAUUUCAAUAUAGCCUUUUCGAAUGCUUAUCAUGUAGGUACCUAUAUUACAUAAUACAUUCUGCAAUAUUAUAAAAUGUAUUUAAUAUUUACGCAUUUACCAUCAUGGCGUCCAUGACUAGAUGCAUGACAAAUGUACCGAACCCCAAGAACGCAAUAGCUGUUAAAGUUAGAUCGUACAUAUCCGUUGCUGUAAGUCCUUGUUUUGGUUCUCUAUCAGGAGUAUGGUCUUCAUCUUCCAAUUGAUUUAUUGUUUUGAUAUUUCGGGUCGUAAGAUCAGGACCUUUAUUGAAAUGACGCAAGUUGUAUUUUUUAUUUGUGUACAUACAUAACAUAUAUUUUGAUUGGUAUAUAAAAAUAAAGUAGGUAGUUAAUAUAUGCGCCGUGGAAGUAAUGCGAAAGCAGUUCCCACGGCGUCGUCGGUUUAAAUAUGAAAAAAAAAAGGUAGUUAAUAUAUAGACAAUGUUAGAAUCGUUUUUUUUAACUUAAUUUUAAUAUGUUUUGCUGUUAUUUGGUGCGAAUAACAGUUAACUUGAAAUAUAAUCGGUGCUUUGGUUUACAAAGUUUAAAAAUGCGAAAAUAUAAUCCUUGUCACAUCUAUAAUAGUUUACACUUCUCCCUUUCCAGAAAAAAGAGCUUAUGCUUUUUUUUUUAAAUUUGUCAUAUUUAUUAGAUAUUAUAGAAAAUGAUGAUAGUCAUAUUUUAUGUUUUACAAAUUAAAAUUCAAAACAUAUCCACCAUUUAUAUUUAUUUUUUUUUUUCAAUUUUUUUUGUUUUUAUUUUAUUAUCUUAUCGUAUAUAUUUAAAUUGUCGUACUUCUAUUAUUCUAUACUUAAAUACUUAAUAUAAUAUAAGUUUAAGCCAUAAAAACUAUUUUAUAUAACAUAUAAUACUAUAAUAGAUACAUAUGUUUAAUGUUUAUGUAUACAAUGAAAAAUUAUGGUCACCAUUUUAGUGUAUUUGUUAGUUAUAAAUAGAAUAUUAUAAUUGGUGAAUAUUUUUAAGAUUCUAAAAAAAAUGUUGUAUCCAUUUAUAUCCAUAAUACUAUGAAUACUUUUGAUUACUUACUAACUUUACUUUUUAGAGUCAUUUUUAAACUUUUAAAUAUUUUAAUAAAUAUAUUACAAUAGUACCUAUACUAAUAUACUUUAGGUACAAGUUUACAACAUCACUGCAGAUAGUAUUCACCUGGAUUUUCAGUUGGCGGAAUCAAUCCAGGAUGUGGAUAAUAUGGUGAACGGUUAUUUAAAGGAGGUAAAAAAGAGUGACCAUUUAUUGGUGCUGAUGAUCCAUAUGAUGUCGGAGAAGAGUAUGAUUCGUGUGGCGUCGACGGUGGCCCAUAUGACGACAACGGUGGCAUUCCAUAAUCCGAUGGGUAUGAAGGUGUUUCAUUUAAAAAUGGCGGGGGUCCAUAGUAAGUUGGAAGUAAUGGUGGUCCAUGUGAUGUUGUUGGAGGGAAAGAAGUUUUUUACCUUCAUUUGAGUGAUAAGGUUUUUUCAAAUCUUUUUCGUCAUCUACGUUCUUCAUGGUUUCAUAGUCAUGUGUUCCCAAGCCUAGAAAAAAAAUGUACUGUAUGUCUGUAUUGAAAUUUAGAACGUUUUGGUAUGAAAAUUCAAAAUAUUUUAAAAUGGAAAUUCUACUAAUUUUGUUCAAGAAAACGUAUAACUAGGCAUUUUAUUAUUUUUUGUAUAUGUAGUAAGUAUAAUACUAAUAACAAUAAUGUUUUUUUAAA